CCCGGGGCGGCUCCGCAGCCGCCGCUCCCCCCCAGGAGGGGAGCCCGGGCCGCCCCGGCGCCCCCGCCGCGCCCUGCCCGGGGCGGGCCGAGCCCUCCCGGCUUUGCCGGCGCCUGCGGGGGAUUAGCGGGGCAAAGCGCUCAUCCGCCGCUGACCCCGAGGCAGGACCACAGCCGGGCCGGGGCCUUCCGCAGGAGGAGGAGGAGGGCGAACCCGAGGCACGGCCGCCGGCGGUGGCGCGGCCCCGGCCCCCUCUGCGGGGCUGGCUCUGCGGGGACCGGAGCUUUCGCUGCGGAGAGUGAAGAGCUGGAGCCUCCCAUGACCAGGGCUGGCCAGUUCAGUCUGCAGCAAGUCAAAAUGUCAUGAUCAGCUGAAUAAUAAUCAGCAGAUGAAAUGUCAGUGUGGACACCCAAUAUGCAUUUAUCAGUAGAAGGAGAUCAGGAGCCAUCGUUUGAGAUGCUUCCGUUGACUGGGAAAACAAUAAUAUUUGAUAGCUUUCCUGAUCCUUCAGAUACCUGGGAAAUAAUCGAGACUAUUGGCAAAGGAACAUAUGGAAAAGUUUUCAAGGUGUUAAAUAAGAAAAAUGGCAGCAAAGCAGCAGUCAAAAUUUUGGAUCCUGUUCACGAUAUUGAUGAAGAAAUUGAAGCUGAGUACAACAUUUUGAAAGCUCUCUCUGAUCAUCCCAAUGUAGUCAAAUUCUACGGCAUGUACUAUAAGAAAGAUGUGAAAAAUGGAGACCAGCUUUGGCUAGUUCUUGAGCUGUGCAAUGGUGGAUCUGUGACUGAUCUUGUGAAGGGAUUUCUGAAGAGAGGCGAAAGGAUGAAUGAACUUAUAAUUGCUUACAUUUUACGUGAAGCUCUGAUGGGACUUCAGCAUUUGCAUGAAAACAAAACUAUCCACCGUGAUAUUAAGGGAAAUAAUAUCCUUUUGACCACUGAAGGAGGAGUCAAGCUUGUAGAUUUUGGUGUGUCUGCUCAGCUGACCAGCACUCGUCUCCGUCGGAACACCUCCGUGGGCACCCCGUUCUGGAUGGCUCCAGAGGUGAUUGCCUGUGAGCAGCAACUAGAUAGCUCCUAUGAUGCCAGAUGUGAUGCAUGGUCACUGGGUAUUACUGCAAUAGAGUUGGGAGAUGGAGAUCCACCCCUUGCUGAUUUGCACCCCAUGAGGGCACUCUUCAAAAUACCAAGGAAUCCUCCUCCAACACUACAACAGCCUGAACUGUGGUCACCUGAAUUCAAUGACUUCAUUAACAAGUGCUUGACUAAAGAUUAUGAGAAGCGUCCAACAGUAUCUACUCUUUUGCAGCAUGAUUUUAUUAAGCAAAUUGAAGGAAAAGAAAACGUGCUACAAAGGCAACUCAUGGAAUUUAUUGAUGUUCAUCAACAAAUGGGAGUCACUGAAAAGGCAAGAUUUGAACGUAUUCAUACGAAGAAAGGGAACUACAGUAAGUCACUAGUUUCAAACCAAGAAGAAGUAGAUGAUUUAGCAACCUUGGAGGUACUGGAUGAGAAUACAGUAACAGAACAGUUGCAGAAGGGUUAUGCCAAGGAUCAGAUCUACACAUAUGUUGGGGACAUUCUCAUCGCUGUCAAUCCAUUUCGGAACAUAGAUAUUUAUUCUUCACAGCAUUCCAAACUGUAUAUUGGAGCCAAACGGACUGCCAACCCUCCUCACAUUUUUGCUGUUGCUGACAUAGGCUAUCAGUCCAUGGUGACAUACAACUCUGAUCAGUGUAUCGUUAUUUCUGGAGAAAGUGGAGCUGGCAAAACACAAAGUGCCCAUCUGCUGGUUCAGCAGCUCACCGUCCUGGGCAAGGCUAAUAACAGGACUCUACAGGAGAAGAUUCUCCAGGUGAACAACCUCGUAGAAGCAUUUGGGAAUGCAGGCACUAUCAUCAAUGAUAACUCAAGCAGAUUUGGAAAAUAUCUGGAAAUGAAAUUCACUUGUGGUGGCACUGUAGUAGGAGCUCAGAUUUCAGAGUAUCUCCUUGAAAAAUCCAGAGUUGUCCACCAGGCAGUAGGAGAGAAAAAUUUCCAUAUUUUUUAUUAUAUUUAUGCUGGUCUCGCGGAAAAGAAAAAACUGGCACAUUAUAAACUGCCAGAAUAUAGACCUCCCAGAUAUCUGCAAAAUGAUCAUUUCAGAAUAGUGCAAGAUUUCAUGAACAAUAGCUUUUAUAAGUCUCAGUUUGAAUUAAUUGAACAGUGCUUCAAAGUCAUAGGUUUUACACUGGAGGAACUUGGAAGUGUGUACAGUGUCCUGGCUGCCAUUUUAAAUGUGGGCAACAUUGAAUUUUCAGCAGUAGUAUCUGAACAUAUGAUUGACAAAAGCAACAUUUCCAACCCAGUAGCCCUUGAGAAUUGCGCGUCCUUGCUGUGUAUUCAGGCAGAUGAACUGCAAGAGGCCCUCACCUCUCACUGUGUUGUGACUCGAGGAGAGACAAUUAUUCGUCCCAACACUGUGGAAAAGGCCACUGAUGUCAGAGAUGCCAUGGCCAAAGCACUGUACGGACGCCUCUUUAGCUGGAUAGUCAAUCGCAUCAACACUUUACUCAAACCUGACAAACAUUUAAGUGAAAAUGAUGAUGGUUUGAACAUUGGAAUUCUUGAUAUCUUCGGUUUUGAGAAUUUCAAAAAAAAUUCUUUUGAACAACUCUGCAUCAACAUCGCCAAUGAACAAAUUCAGUUCUACUUCAAUCAACAUGUCUUUGCCUGGGAACAGAAUGAAUACCUUUAUGAAGGUGUUGAUGCAAGAGUUAUAGAAUAUGAGGACAACAGACCCCUCUUAGAUAUGUUCCUGCAAAAACCAAUGGGUUUAUUGUCUCUGUUGGAUGAGGAAAGUCGAUUCCCACAAGCAACAGAUCAGACACUUGUAGAAAAAUUUGAAGAUAAUUUGAAGUCAAAAUAUUUUUGGAGACCCAAAAGAGUAGAUCUAACCUUUGGAAUUUAUCAUUAUGCAGGAAAGGUUCUAUAUAAUGCAAGUGGAUUCCUAGCCAAAAACAGAGAUACUCUGCCAGCUGAUAUUGUACUGCUACUGCGAUCAUCUGAAAACAACCUGACGCGACAGCUGGUAACCCAUCCUCUUACAAAAACAGGUAACCUGGCACACACUAAAAGCAAAACUACAAUCAGUUACCAAAUGUGGACCUCUCAGAAAACAAUAAGUCAUACAAAGAAUGAAGCAGGAGAUACUGGACAUCAUCCUAGAGAGACAACCAGCAUGAAAACACAGACAGUCGCUUCUUAUUUUAGAUAUUCUCUGAUGGAUUUGUUAUCCAAAAUGGUUGUCGGACAGCCUCAUUUUGUCAGGUGCAUCAAGCCAAACAAUGACCGGCAGGCAAACAAGUUUGACAAAGAAAAAGUGUUGGUUCAGCUGCGUUACACAGGAAUUCUGGAGACAGCAAGAAUUCGAAGACAGGGUUAUUCACACCGUAUACUAUUUGCUAACUUCAUAAAAAGGUAUUAUCUCAUCUGUUACAAAACAAAUGAUGAUCCUCCAGUCAGUCCGGAAACCUGUGCUGCCAUCUUGGAAAAAGCCCGCCUUGACAACUGGGUUCUUGGAAAAACUAAAGUAUUCCUCAAAUACUAUCACGUGGAGCAGCUAAAUUUAAUGCGGAAGGAGACAGUUGACAUGAUUAUUUUGAUUCAAGCUUAUGUCAGAGGGUGGCUGGGUUCAAGGAGAUACAAAAAGAUAAAGGAACAAAGGGAACAAAGUGCUGUUAAAAUACAGUCAGCUUACAGGGGGUUUGUUGCUCGUAAAGAAUACAAAAAUGCAAAACAUAAUAAAAAAGUGGAAGAAUACAUUACCAGAUUUCAAGCAAUUGCCAGAGGAUACUUACUCAGGAAGAAGAGAAAAGAACUAACUGAGACAAGACACAAAUCAGCAAUAAUAAUUCAGUCUCACUACAGAGGAUAUAAGGAGAGGAAGAUCUUCAAAAGCAGAAGGGAAUCACUUAGAAAGCAACAAACUGAAAACGCAGCAUCCAUUCGCAAGAAGGAAAAUGAUGAAGAAUUUCAAGGUAAUGAGGAAAGUCCAACUGGAGUGAAGAGUGCCCUUCCUAAGACGGAAGAAGAAGCAGCUAUCAUAGCAGAGGAUGAAUUAUCUGCUGUGGAAUUCCUUGAAGCACAACUGCAGCCAGCUCAAAAUGAUGCAUUGGAAGAAGCGGCAGCUGAAGAGACUCAAGAUAAAACUGAUGCAGUCACUGACAGCCUGUGCUCCAAGUACAGUGACACAGGGAACAUACAGGAGCAACAGAAAACAUCUACUGAAGAAGAGGCAGCUUCUGUGAAGCAGAACCCUGCAGAAGAACAUAGCAGUGAGGGUGAAGAACAGGACUCUUUGGAAGAGUUACCCAUCAAAUCUUCUUUCAAAAUCACAGCCAAACCUAGUCCCCAGCAAGAUCAAGAUAAUCAAGACACACUCAGUGCAGAUCAGCAAAAUCAAGAAUCUGCUGUGGUCCAGCCCAGGACCAACAGGGAUGUGGAAAGAAACAACCUGAAGCAUGAAGCAGUGAUGCCUACAGGAUGUAAAGGAAUUAUAAGAAAAGAGUCACUAAGAAGAGGCUCAGGAAAGCAAGCUGAGGCAGAAAAACAAGGUUCAGAAGACAAAGAGAAGGCAGCAGUGGUUAUUCAGAGCAGUUACCGGGGUUACAGAAGGAGGGGACAACUCAGAAAAGAAGGGAAACUACCCUGCAAAAGUCAAGAGAAAACUACAAAGAAUCCAACAGAAGCAGUAUGUGUUCAAAAUAACAACCCCCAAAAAAUAAAACAUAGGGAAAGCACCAGUAGAGAGGCUGAAGACUCUAAGACACUGAAGGGAGACUCAGAGAAAGAGGCUUGUGAUUUGGCAGCCUUUUCACGACAGAUAUCAAAAUUAUCCGAAGACUACUUAGCAUUGCAGCAAAAACUGAAUGAAAUGAUAUUGUCCCAUCAGCUGAGACCUGUGAUGCUGUCCAAAGAUAAGCAAGCUAAUGGCCGUCUGUCUUCUCAUGUUUGUCAACCAGUUGUGGCCAAAGUAGAAGACUCUCGCCCAAUGCAGAGACCCCCAAGAAGGCCACGAAAACCCAAGACAUUAAAUAAUCCAGAAGACUCCACCUACUACACUCUAAUACAUAAAUCAAUACAAGAUGAAAAACGGAAACCAAGAAAAGAAAGUCUGAGCAAAGUGCUAGAUUUAGAUAUCUACUAUCAAGAAAUUUCAUCUACUGACUCCACCUCAAAGGACAGCAGUUCUACCACAAGAAGGAAGAGACACCCAAGUCGAGGAUUGCAGAAAGACCCCUGGAAGAGAGCAAAGCUGAAGAUAAUCCCUAUGACUACAGACGACUGCUGCGGAAGACCUCACAGCGCCGGCGCCUUAUCCAGCAGUUCUAGCUGCUGCUGCUGUUCCUGCUGCCAUUUGGCUUUUAUUAGCAUAAUUUUUUUUAUCAUUUUAUACCAUGUGCUUCCUUUUUUUUUUUUUUAAAUCUUCAAUGUUUCAAGUUUACAGUGUGUGUGUUCAUGUGAAUUUGAAUUACUGUGGUUUACAGCCCAACACCAUUGCAAAGGGACACUGUCAGUCACAUAUCAUAUUCUUAAAAAAACCCUAAUAUAAAAAUCAGCUUUUGCUACAUCCUAAAAUUAUUAGACAUUAAGUAUCUUAAAUCUAGUUUACUUUUGUCAGUGCAUUUUUCUUUUUUUCAUUUCAUCACUCAUCCAAUUAAAAUAAUCAUUUACUUCAUAGUUCCCUAGAUAAGCUUUAAAAUUCCUGUAAGCACCUUCAGAGAACCUUAGUUAUUGUUUCUAAUAAAUUGUUUUACAUGAAAAAAAAAUUACAAGAGCACCAUAGGGGAAUUUCUGCUCAUUUUAGUUUACAAUGCCUAAAUUUUGGGAUUACUUGUUUGUGGCAAGUGUCCCUC